AUGGCCCUGAGGCCUGCUGCACCAGCCUCCUUCCUCUACACAGCCAUUCCCCUUUCCUCCAGUGCAAAGGAGGGGGAGGCCCAGGAGCAGGAAGAAGAGCUGCGGUCUGAAAGCUCGCUGAGGAAGCUCCCUGACAAGGGGGGCUCUCAUCAGCUCUUGGGCAGAGACCUCCUGGGGGACAUGUGCACACCAACACCUGCCAGAGCCCACCAGCCACGUAGGGAGCAUGUGAAAGAUGCUUCUCCUGCUGCCUCAUCCCCAUUGGCUUCUCCAUCUCCCCUGACUGGGCAACCACCCCUGGCCUCCACCCUGUCACCAGGCCCAAUGACCCCCCCAGUUUCUGCUGGAUCACACUCAUCCCUGAGUGGCCCUGGAACGCCAGAGCCUUUCCUUCCCCGAGAAUGCCCUUCACACCAGCCACGGCCAUCUUCCCCUCCCACACCGCAGUUCCCUGCCCCCGUGGCCUACCUCCUGUGUCCUCCUCACUCCAGCCUGGCCCAUCCUCAGUGUGACUCAAUGGCACACUCACCAGGCACCGUCCCACAGAGCUCUGCUCCACACAACAACUGUUCGCUGUCUUCUCCCAUCUCAUCUACCUUGGGCCUUGGUCACUCCAGUGAUUCGGUCUCAGCCCUCUUCAGGUGCCAGGCGUCUGUCAGAGCUGGCUCAGUCCAGAGCCUCUCCACCUCACCCCAGGACACAUCCCAGCAAGGGCAACUUUCCAAUCAUACACCAGAGGUUUCCUUCCGGGGAGACGCCACACACAGGCAGAUGAAGGCUGGUGGCCCCUCCUUUGACAACCCCAGUGUCCAGAGCCUGGUGGGGACACUAAUCUCCAAGCAGCUCACUGCUGACCAAGACUUGGCCCCUCCUAAAAACUCAAAUAUGCAUGUGGGCCCUGGAAACUUGGCCAUCUCAAAGGAUCGGGAAUCCUGCAAGGACACCCUGCAGGAACAUCUCCCGGGUACGACCACUCAACAGGUACUAGAAGCACAUGUUAAAAAGUUACAGGUGAGGCACAGAUGGGGCCUGCCCCUCAAGAUCAUCAGGGCCAAAAAUCAAUUUAUGUUGAAAAGACCUCAAACCCUGCCCUUUCCACACUCCACCUUUCCCUCCUGGGCCACCUAUGAAUUUGGGCACAACUCCACAGUCACCAAUUUCCUUUCCUCCCCUUGGGGAGGUCCAGGAAAGAAAGUCCUCACCAUGCCUGGUCUUCUCCCUGGCCUCCCACCUGUGGGUGAAGACAUCCAGGCAGACCUGAGAGGCACCCAGUAUAGUGACAGUCGGUGGCGCUUAGAGGCCCCUUCCACUGGACAGGAGGGCAGGUGGCCUUCUCAGCCCCACAUAGGCAGAAGCCAGCACAGUGUGAUGGUCCUGGGGGCUGAGAGAGGCAGCCCAGGGCCAAGUCCAAGUCCAGCAAUGGCCAGGAAUGAGCCAUGGGAGCAGAAGAGCGAGGCCUUGGGAGAUCCUAGGGGUAACCAAACAAUGCUGGAGCUCACUGUAGCAUCCCAAUCUUCAGGGGCCCUGGAGACCAAGGGGCCAGUGGAGACCAAAGAAGAGAAGCAGGAGAUGGGGAUCCUGAAACCCCAGGACUCAUGGGGGAGUCAGAGGGACAUGGUUGGCCCUACUGAUAAGAGAGAGUUCUGGAGGAGGCCCAAACCACGGGGGCAGGAAAAAAGGAUUGUCAGAACAAGGGCUUCCCAAGCCAGUGGCACAAGCCACCCUGCCCAGGAUAGGGGAGUAGCAGAGUCAUUAAGAAGCAAGUCCUCCCUUCUCCUGCCCAACAAGAGACAAUUCCCCACAGGAAGCUGCUUUAGAAAUAAAAUGAGGCAGUUUCUGCAGUGGAUUUUGCAUAAGAAAGGCCCAGGGCAGGAAGAGGCCCUGCAAAACUGCAAGCCUGCACCUGUCAGUGCCCAUUGCUGGGGACCAUCCACAGGCAGAUCAUUUAUGGACAGAGAGAUGGCUGAAGCCCAGGACCUCAUGGUGACUAUCGGGCAGAUCCUAGAGAAGAAAAUGGGACUUCAUCAUGAACUUCCAGCCUCAAAGGGCAAUUGGCACAAAAAGGAACUCCAGGCCCCAGUUGGUGGGCAUAACAGUUACCACACGAAUCCCUCCCACCCAGAGCAAAGGAGAGUGAGCAGUGAUAUGGGCCACAGUCACCACGCCACCCUCAUGCGUCUCAGCUACCCUACUGACAACAGAGGGGUCAGAGCCAUCAACUGGGCUCCCCCAGCCAGGCCUUGCCAGCAUAGACCAAGGGCAGCAAAAGCCUCCAGCCACCACAUUCAUUGCCCCAGGCACUGCCAUCUGCCUAGAGGUGUCUUGUCUGGUCAAGCGGAUCGCAUUUCUCCUGCCAGAUGA